AUGACGACUUUGAUCAGAAAAGUGUGGGAGUCGGUGUCGAGCCGCAAGGGCUCGAACACGGAGACAACGUCAUCGUCAUCUUUGGCGACGUCCUCGACGGCGUGUUUGGGGGCGUUCGAUCGGGUACCGACAGACCUACUGAUGCAAAUCGUGAGACUGGUGGGGCCCAAGGAAGCAGCGAAAUUGAGCGCUGUGUGCAAAGCCUGGAGGUGUCUGGUCUCAGACAAUGAGCUGUGGAUUUUCUUUCUACAGAAUCAGAAGAAGCAGGAAGAGCCUCACUGGGAUUCCUUUCUUUUCUCUGAAACCCAUUUGAGAUCCGGUUACCCACUUCAACCAUUCUGGAGUCAGAUGCCCCAGUUGCCCUUCAUGGCUAUUUAUGGCCAACGAGAGCAAGUUCCUGGUUCUGUUAUCAUUGAUGGGGGCUCUGGCUAUUGCAAGUUUGGCUGGAGUAAAUAUGCUUGCCCAUCUGCGCGGUCAGCAACCUUUUUGGAGUUUGGUAACGUUGAGUCUCCAAUGUACUCUAGACUCCGCCACUUCUUUGUAACUAUUUACAGCAGGAUGCAGGUGAAACCAUCUUCACAGCCAGUGGUUCUGUCUAUACCCAUCUGCCAUUAUGAUGAUACAGAAUCUGCCAAAGCAUCAAGACGACAACUCAAAGAAGCCAUAUAUAAAGUACUCUUUGACAUAAAUGUCCCUGCUGUUUGUGCCAUUAAUCAGGCAACUUUAGCUUUAUACGCAGCAAGAAGGACCUCAGGGAUUGUUGUAAACAUUGGUUUCCAGGUCACUUCUAUUGUUCCAAUUUUAAAUGGUAAAGUAAUGCGCAAGGUGGGCGUGGAAGUUAUGGGAUUGGGAGCUUUAAAGCUUACAGGAUUCCUUAGGGAGCUGAUGCAGCAGAACAAUAUCGGUUUUGAAUCACUGUACACUGUUCGGACUCUGAAAGAGAACUUAUGUUAUGUUGCUGCUGAUUAUGAAGCUGAGCUAUCUAAAAAUACACAAGCGUCAUUUGAAGCCACUGGAGAAGGUUGGUUUACUCUUUCAAAAGAGAGGUUUCAAACAGGAGAAAUCUUAUUCCAGCCACGGCUUGCGGGAGUGCGUACUAUGGGUUUGCACCAGGCUGUUGCUCUUUGUGUGGACCAUUGUCAUUCUGCAGAACUAACAGAUGAUGAUGCUUGGUUCAAGACUGUAGUCUUGUCAGGAGGGAGUGCAUGUUUACCUGGACUUGCAGGAAGGUUAGAGAAGGAGUUACAUGGACUUCUCCCUCCAUCUGUAUCUAAAGGAAUCACAGUCAUUCCCCCUCCAUAUGGUGCAGAUACUGCAUGGUUUGGGGCCAAGCUGAUCAGCAACCUGAGCACCUUCCCCGGUCCUUGGUGCAUGACAAGGAAGCAGUUCCGGCAGAAGCCUAAAGUCAAGCUUAUGUGGUGA